AUGGUCUUGGGACUGGAUAAGCGUGCACUUUGGGGCGCGUUGCCCCUGCUGGGAUUCGCCAUCGGGCACUUCCUGGACAAAAAGGAGACGGAACGCAUGACCAUGUUCCGGGACAAGAGCGCCCUGUACGGGCGUUCCGGUGGCAGUCAGGAUAAGGCCCCGUCCUGGUAGUAAUCCCGCCCAGCGUUGUUAUCCUAUAUUCUUCUUUUUUGUCGCCCAAUAAACCGGAGAAAUGUGAAAAACA